GAUCGCCUGCAAACAAUGAUGCAAUUUAUCCUCGCCGAAUUCUCAUUGGAUAUUGGGUGUCCUGGUGACAGAUCGUUUUUAAUUAAUUUAGAAAAGACGGUGACCAAAGAUGUUUGUUUCUCUGGGAACGGCUCCUCCACGCGGCUCGGUGAUGACGAAAAGUUACAGUCGAAAAUUCCGAAAUUUGAUCGACCCGGUGUAAUCAUGAUCCCACAAAUGAGGGUAAUGCUCGUUCAUUCGGGUAACGUUGCAAGAUCUGAACCUGAAACAUUUAAAUUAUAUUGUUGUUUUACAAAAAGCGUGUAUCCGGAAAAUUUAUUACUCACGAGAG